AGUUACAUGCAAACCUCACAUUUGUUUUGGUCGUCUGACUAACUCAGAUCGCUGAAUUUUAGGAGCAUUUUGACCAUUUGUUGCAAACUUUUGAAGUUUUUCUCGCUUAAUUCUAGAGAAUCUAGACGAAUAUCAACAUGUCGAGUCCACAGGAUAGCAUGACGUUCUUUGAGAGCAACUACUACGACGAAUACGAGUAUUACAACUUCGACACUGACAAAAUCGUUGCGUCAGGACAAGGAAGCGGUAAGGGCCGGACGAAACGCGAGCAGGAGCUGCACAGCCAACGGUUCGACCCGUGCGGAAACGUCAGGAUAACCGUUACAAAGUUUCAAAACACGGAGAGAAAGAGGAAGAACUCUAACGACAGGAGCUGAAACGCCGCCUAGCGGACAUUGCAGGACAGACAACAAAUUGGUACCGACACAAUUCGACAGAGGCCGUUGGGAAGACGUGGGAAAAAUCGGCGUCCCCUUGAGGACCUUUGUGACCAUCGAACGGACUUCUACUGAGCAAAGGAUUGUGGACACUGAACAACGACAGCAAAAGCUGAUUGCUUUGAAGUGUCGGAACUAUGUAAAGGGUCGCAUGGUGAACGGUAGAUUAUUUUACCAUGGGUUUGUUUUUAUAGACUCACAUAAAUAUAUUUGCAUACG